AUGAAAUUUUUUACUCCAUUUAUUUUCAUUACUUUACUCAUUGGUGCUGGAAAUGCUUUACCAUCAUUUGGUAAUGUUCAAUCUGCUGCUGUUACUGGAAAAUUAACAUGUAAUGGAAAACCUGCUGUUGGAGUUAAAGUUAAAUUGUAUGAUGAUGAUAGAGGUAUUGAUCUUGAUGAUUUAAUGGAUGAAGGAGUCACAAAUUCUGAUGGAGUUUUUCAUCUUUCUGGAAAAGAAACAGAAUUAAGUACAAUUGAUCCAAAACUUAAUGUAUAUCAUGAUUGUAAUGAUGAGACAGUUCCAUGUUUGAAGAAAUUUUCAAUUAUGAUUCCUGAUACUUAUGUUACUGAAGGUCCAGAACCAUCCAAAACAUUUGAUGCCGGAACAUUGAAUUUAGAUGGAAAAUUUUCUGGUGAAUCAAGAGAUUGUCUUAAUCGUUGA